GCUGAUGGACUUUGCCUACAAACAGGGUCUGUCUCACAAUAAGCCUGGCAGAGGGGAGCGCAGCACUGCACAGAGGUAAAGGGGUAGUUACUGCUAUAAGCAAAGCCUGUGACAGCUGUCUCCAGAGAGCCCAGAUCCUGCUCCACCCAAAUACUGGAAAAGCCUAAGGGACUGGAAAGGCUCCAUGUGGUGCUACGUGAUCCUGUUUGCCAUUGUAUGGUCUAUUGGAUGGUUUCUGAGGGACAGACAGACUAUCUCACGUCUGUCCAACAAACAUGUUUUCAUCACAGGAUGCGAUACAGGCUUCGGCAAUCUACUAGCCAAAAGAUUGAACAGAAAAGGUUUCCAAGUCCUGGCGGGAUGUCUCACAGAAAAAGGAGCAAAUGACCUGCAAAAAGCCUGUCCUACGGGACUGAAAACCACUUUAGUGAAUGUCACCUGUCCAGACAGCAUCAAGAAGGCGGUGGAAUGGGUGAAGGCAGAGGUUGGGGACAGAGGUCUCUAUGGCCUAGUUAACAAUGCUGGCGUUGCCAACCCAAUUGGUCCAACUGAGUGGAUGACGCUAGGGGAUUACAGGAAGGUUAUGGAAGUAAAUGCGUUUGGCACUAUUGGAGUGACCCUAGGUUUUCUGCCACUGGUGAAACAGGCACAAGGAAGGAUUGUUAACAUGGCCAGUGUGCUUGGGAGAAUAUCAGCCAAUGGAGGAGGUUAUUGCGUGUCUAAGUAUGCUGUGGAGGCCUUCUCUGAUAGUCUCAGGAGAGACGUGCAGCACUUUGGUGUCAAGGUUUGUAUUAUAGAGCCUGGCUUCUUUAAGACGGCUGUAACCGAUCUGGAUUCUAUUGAACAUUCAUUAAAGCAGCUUUGGGACCAGAUGCCUCCUGAGACAAGGAAGAGUUAUGGGGAUGCAUAUUACCAAAAAUAUAUGAAAAUUCAAAGGCUGAUCAUGAAUUUCAUCUGUGAUACCGAUAUCUCCAAAGUACCAAAGUGCAUUGAGCAUGCCUUAGAAGCUGCAUACCCCCGCACAAGAUACAGUCCAGGAUGGGAUGCCAAGCUGUUGUGGCUACCAGUGUCUUACAUGCCAGCCUUCAUCGUAGAUGCUGUCCUUGGCUUUGUUCUACCUAAACCAGAACAGAGAGUCUCCUAAGAUACAUUCUUGGUAAAUGCUGCAACUCUGGCUCUUCGAAAGGUGAAGUGUUCAUAUCCAGACAGGGACAAAGAUUGUUUUGUAUGGAAUGUGACCAUUAAGUGGCUCUACGCUUCUUAUUUAUGACAGAGCAGUAUAUUUUCUGUAUGUUCAUAUCCUCACAUCUGUUCUUCAUGCAUUGCACAAUGUGAGACUGUGAAAUCAUGCUGUUAGAUGAAUAGUAGUAAGCGGCUGACUCCCUGGCUAAAUCAGUGGACGCUUUUGAUAGGAUCAGUUCUGGAUGACAAGUGAGAAAUAAGCUGCUGUUAUUGAUCCAUAUGACACGUCGUCUAUGUAGUGGUAGGCAAAACUCACAUCCUCCUUCCAGACCAAUAAUUCCCAACCAGGGUGCCUCCAGCUGUUGCAAAACUACAACUCCCAGCAUGCUGGGAGUUGUAGUUUUGCAACAGCUGGAGGCACACUGCUUGGGAAACACUGUUCUAGAAACUAAUGGGAGGAUUACAGAAACUAAUGUGAUAAUGCAUUUCUGAGCCUCGGCUUCUCUAGACCUAUAAACUAGAUCUACUUUAGAAGUAAUUUGAUAUUUGGCUUCAAGGGAACCCCACUCACGGCGCUGAUCGACCAGACAGGUAGA